AUGGCACCUAAAGCUAAGGGCAACAAAGGGGAUAAUAACCAGAGUAAAAGCAAGGGCAAAGAAAAGAAGGAUAGCGAUAAUAGUAGCGGAGGCAAGGUUAAAGGUGCUCAACAGAUCAAUGUUCGGCACAUACUGUGUGAGAAAUUCUCCAAGCAACAAGAAGCGCUACAGCGCCUGAAAGAUGGAGCCAAGUUUGACGACACAGCCCGAGAGUUUUCCGAGGACAAAGCACGGGUUGGAGGUGCGUUGGGAUGGAAAAAGAGAGGUGAUCUCGAACCAUCUUUCGAGAAAAUUGCCUUUGAUCUCGAAUCAAGCACCCUGGAUAAGCCCAAAUACGUAGAAGCCAAAACUGUUCAUGGCUAUCACAUCAUCAUGGUGGAAGGUAGGAAAUAA